UAGGCGGGAUCUGAGACCUUUCAGCCAAUCAGCUCACACAGACACUUGCACGGUCCUCCGGCAGUCGGAAACAUGGCGUUAAGGGAGCUGUCGUCGCUGGAGAAAUUUUUAGGGUUGAAAAAGCCGAACAAGUACAGUACACAGGGAAAUAAAAAGGUGCCUGUGCUACAGAAUAAUAAUGGUCCUCCACUGGUGGGGCUGGUGACCAUCGCCUGUCACCUGGUGAAAGAGGCCAAGCGGGCCGAGCUGCUGGGGGACUCAGCGGAGAGCAGGGCUGUGGUGCAUCAGUGGCUGGAGCACAGAGUCACCAAGCUGGACGGCUGCAAGAAGGAAGACAUCAAGACCAUCCUCAAGGACCUCGACCUCUACCUGCAAGACAAGGUCUACCUGGCUGGCAACCAGUUCACCUUAGCUGAUGCCUUCAUGUGCUUUGGAAUCCAUCCACUCAUAGUGGACUUGGCCAUCCAGGAGAAGGAGCAGUAUGUGAAUGUGACGCGAUGGUUCGACCACAUCCAGCACUACCCCGGCUUCCGACACCACCUCCCUCCCGUAACUGUGCUCAGGAACAGAAUUUACACGGGCAGACACCACUGAGACCUGACCCCACCCAACCCAGCCUGAAGUUCGUCAUGAGUUCAUGUGGCUUUCACACCAGACCUGGGCAGCCUUCAACAGGACGUCAUCAUCAUCGCUGUCUGUUUUAUGUGUCAUCCUGGUCACGUACCUGAGCUCUACCUGUUUAACCAGGGAAGUCAGAAGAAAAACAGCUAAAACGUUUUAGUUUACAAGGUACUAAUAAAAACCUAGUCAAGUUCAUUGAGAAUAAGUCAGUAAGUGUUUUUAAUAAUUGUAUUGCCCAUUAACAUUAGCUGAUGACUUUAAGAAGGGUUGGGGGCAGAAGCCAGAAUCUCUCGGUUAUUCAAUUCUGCUAACAUUAUUUAAGUUUGGCGUUUUUUCCCCCGAAGGAGGAAGCACAGAUGUGCACAGUUAAGUUGAUAUUUUAUGUUUUUUGUUUGGGAAUUUUUGUGUGACUUCCUGAAGUCUGCGUUUGAAUGGUCGUUUUUAAAGGGACUGCUGUACGGGUCGCGGUAAAGAGAAGUGCUGCUAGCUUGUUGAAAAGGUUUUUCUAUUUGUAAGUUGUGAUUCUUUGUUUAAUCUGAGCCUUGAACAUGCUUUGACAAGCGCUACAAGACUUACUAAGAUGUUACUUAACCGGCAGUGCAUUUUGUCCUUAGGAGAAGCAGCCUCCUUCAUGUCGUAUCAAUGCAUUGUCAGCAACAGUUUGUCCAAAUAAAUGUUGGAUUCAGCGUCAUAACCCCAUAAAGACCACAGUCACUGCCGAGUCCACAUCGUUCUGCCGUCUCUCUGCCCUGAUGAAUCCACUCCCUGUCGGGACUGUGGCGUUUUAUGUUUUCCACAUGCGACUCUCAGCCAUUUUACUGAGCGGUUUAGUUUCUGUGUGUGUUCCUGAUUACGUCCCCCGCUCCCUGUCCCACUUCCUCACCACCAGUCGUGUGGGCAGCAGUGAGCAGUUGAGCGUCAGCCCCAGAGUCAGAGAUCAGAGCGAGGCUCCAAUCAGUCCCACUACCACCACUGUUGAUGCUGCAGGCCAGAGAGAGGGCAGCGGGCUCACCAGCUGCCACACAGAUCCAGCCAGCCAGGGCCAGAACCCAGGCCCCCGGAGCGACAGUCAGCCACUGUGUGUCAUUUCAACCCUCACGCUCCCACGGGGCUGCUGGAGAGGGGAGGGGGACGAGGGGAGGGGAGGGGGGGAGGAAAAGAGCACCCAGAGGCCGAGGGAUCUUUUUGUGACAUGUGAACAAUGAUCCGUGUGUCUGAAAGCCUUACUGCUGCUGGCUGGAUGUUUAGCAUUAGCACCGUUAACAGGUCAAGUCCUGAACGUGGCAGCAGAAACUGGAAAUUAACAGUAAGAAGUUAAUGAAUGAAAAACAGCGGCAGGAUUAGAGAAAUAUCUGUCCCGUCUGCUCUUCUGCUGGUGAAUCGGCUCUGUUCUCUGUUAUUCUUACUGUCUUCUUCUGUUAAAACGCUCCCGCACGUUUAAUUUCCUCCAUCCUAACAGACUCUACAUAUCUGUGUGUGUGCUGCUCGAAGCUUCAGUCCUUUUGUCAUCUGAUGUAACCGUGAUGUUCACCCUGUGCCAAUAAAUCAAAGGGAUACGCAGCUCAUGA